CAAUCCCUAAAUUCAACUGCUCUAUUUCCCAGCAAAAUCAAACUGAAAUCUGACAAUUUUUGAGCUUUCUGAUUUUAGAUGUGCGUAUGUAUGACUGAUCUCAGUCGCUGUGGUUUGCUGCUGCUGGCGGCGGCGGCGAUCUCUCUUUUCUCCUCUCACACUGUUUACUGCGACGGCAGCGGAGACGCGGAUGUGCAAUGGCAGAUCCUCACUAAAUUAAACUACUCCUCGCAGAUUCGUCUCCAUCCUCGCCUCAUUCUCCUCGUCACUGUACCAUGGUCUGGUGAGUCACGGUCCCUUAUGAAGGGAUUGGCUCAAGCGGUUGCCAAUGAUGAAAUGGGGCUUGGUACCUUAAAGCUUAUGGUCCUAUACAAGAAUGUGGAGAGGACUCUAGCCGAUGCACUUGGUGCCACUGAUGGAAUAACAGUGUUUUACUACCAUAAUUCCCUGUCAUAUAGAUAUCGGGGAAGACUUCGAGUCCAGAGCAUAUUGCUUUCUGUGCAUUAUGUGGUGCAGCUUUCUCCCGACGAGAAACCUCUUAAAACUUUAACCACUGCAGAAGAGCUAAGUAUAUUCCUUCAUUCAACUGACAAGGCUGUAAUUCUCUUUGACCUUUGUGGUUGGACUCCAAGAUUGCUUGCCAUGAACGAGUCUACAAUUGGAAAUGAUCCAGAGGAAGGACUGAUAAAUCACCCAGGAAAAGGUUUUGUUGGAGCAGACUCUGAAAUGGAGAACAAUGGAACUCUCGUGGUAGAAGAGAAGGAUAACAGGAAGGAUGUGGAGAACGGUAUGCCAAGCUGUGGAAGUGAUGUUGGAUUUAGUGGAACAUCUUGGCUGAAUCAGUUUAGCACUGUAAAUAAUAGUCUUUCGAAAGAGGUACAAAAUGUUACAGUUAGUGCUGGGGAAUCCUGUUCUUUAUUUGAGUUGCAGCAAUACAAAGUGUCUUUUCAGAAGUUCAUUGAAGUUGCUAGAGAAUUCUUCUUACCUCCUGAGAAGUAUAGAUAUGCUGUGAUUCAUGAAAGAUCACUUCUUCCGUUGCUAAAUAUUGAAGAGCCAAUUCAUGGGUUCGUUUUUGUUCAAUUUGCCGGAUGUCCGAGUUGUUCUCAGGUUCUCAAAAAAGUUGAUGAUCUUAAAGCUAUACUGCAAUCCCAGCCCUCGCCUGUUUCAGAGGUUGGAGAUGAUCCUCAUGGAAUUGAUGCAGCUUUGCCCACAAAAAGGCCUUCAAUGCUUCUUUUCAUUGAUAGGUCAUCAAACUCAGUAGAAAUAAGAAGGGAGAGCCAGGAAGCUCUGAAUGCUGUUAGAGAGUUGGCAGAACACACUCAUGGACAAGACAUUAAGAGGCCCGACAAAACAUUAGAUACCUACAAGCAUCCAAAACUCCAGCAUUUUGCACUAUCAGAAAAAAAUAUUCUUCAGGAUAAGAUGUCUAUCACGAUCAUGAAUGAGGGCCAACAAGUUACUCUUGAAAAUUUGGUCUCCAAUUUGCAAGGUCUUAUGUCUGUGCAGGAGAUCUUAACAUAUGCACUCAAGAAAAAGGCAGAGAGGAAACUAAGUUCUCUUGCAAAGGAUGUAGGGUUUCAACUUUUGUCCAAAGAUUUUGCCAUUGAAGUCGUAGAAUCUCAGCCAUCGCACAAUGAGGACCAGUCUAAUCUAGUUUCAGGAGAAACACACGUGGAAGAUGGUCAAGAAGGUGUUGGUAUACAUAAGCAAAUACCAGCUGAUGAGUCUGAUAGAAGGCCUAAUGUGGUAUCCAGUCCUGAUGUUGAAUAUACAGUGUCAGAAGACAAAGAAGAUGAUAGUUACACAUUUUCAUCUGUAGAACCAAACCAAGGUGAUGCUGAUGAGUCUGAUAAGAGGCCUAAUGUGAUAUUCAGUCCUUCUGAUGUUGAAUAUAUAGUGUCAGAAGGCAAAGAAGACGUUAGUAACAUCUUGUCAUCUGUAGAACCUGAGCAAGGUGAUGCUGAUGACUCUGAUAGGAAGCCUAAUGAGGUAUUCAGUCAUUCUGAUGUUGAACAUAUAGUGUCAGAAGGCAAAGAAGAUGAUAAUAGUAAUAUCUUGUCAUCUGUAGAACCUGAUCAAGGCGGUGAUAGUUUAAGUAUCACAGCUGGUAGUGCUCAAGGCUGGAAUGUUGGGGAGACAGGCCACUCUGUAAUGGAGGACAAUGAACAGAACACCAAAUUUAAUAUUUCAUUUUUCUUUUUGGACGGCCAAUACAGAUUGCUUGAAACUCUAACUGGAGGAUUAAAGGUUCCAUCAGUUGUCAUAGUUGACCCAAUUUCCGAGAACCACUAUCUCUUAGAUGACCAAUCGGUUUUGAGCUAUUCUGUUCUAUCUUUAUUUGUUAAUGAUUUCCAAGCCGGAAAGCUUCAUCCAUAUCGACAAUCAUCUGAUAUAGUUCCUAGCCCGAGAGGUGCUCAAAGACCGCCUUUUGUUAAUCAGGAUUUUCAUGAAACAGAUUCCAUUCCCCUUAUUACGACCCAUACUUUCUCUGAAUUGGUUCUCGGUAAUAAUUCUGAUCCCAGGAAUUCUGCCAGUCCUUGGGAUAGGAAUGUAUUAGUUCUUUUCAGCAAUAAUUGGUGUGGGUUCUGUCAGAGGAUGGAAUUUGUUGUUCGGGAAGUGUACAAAUCUGUUAAAAGUUAUGCUUAUAUGAAGACAAAUAGAUCAAGGAAGGUUAAAUCGGUAUUGGAGGCAGAACACACUCAUGAUGUGGUUUUAAAGCUUCCACUUAUUUAUAUGAUGGAUUGCACGCGGAAUGAUUGUGGCUUCAUCAUUAGACCAAUACUGCAGAGGGAAGUUUAUCCACUAUUACUGUUAUUCCCGGCUGGAAGGAAGAAUGAGACUGUAUCUUAUGAAGGAGAUAGUAUAGUAUCUGAUAUAAUCAAGUUUCUGGCUGCUCAUGGCAGCCAUGUAAUGGACCUUAUCACGAAUCAAGAUUUUCUACAGGACCACAAGUCUGUUAAAGAGGAACUGGAGACUAGGAGCUUGCACCAUGAAGUUCUAGUCAGAGAUCUAGUGCAGAAUGCUGCUGUCAAAUACAAAAUUGAUGCUCAGCUACCCUCUAAAUUGCAGGAAAAGCCUGAGUUGUCUGUUGGUUGUGUUCUGAGAGCAACGGAAAAGCUUCUGGACGUUCACCCCUUUGACGAAUCAAAGAUUCUAAUAGUGAAAGUGGACGAAAGAACUGGGUUUCGUGGUCUGAUAAUUAACAAACAUAUUAGUUGGGACUCUCUUGAAGAGCUUGGAGAAGGAAGCUUUGAAUAUCUAAAGGAGGCGCCCCUUUCUUUUGGGGGCCCUGUCAUGAUGCGCGGGAUGCCUCUUUCUGCGCUAACACACAAAUUUAUUGAAGGCCGAUCUGUGGAAGUCAUGCCAAAUGUGUACUUGAUGGAUCAGGUGGCGACGCCUAGCCUAGUUGAAGAUAUAAGAGGUGGAAACCAAUCUGUUGGUGAUUUCUGGUUCUUUCUGGGAUAUUCUAGCUGGGGUUGGGAACAACUGUUUACUGAGAUUGCUCAAGGUGCUUGGAAUGUAAGCAAAGGCGAUGUAGAACAGUUAGAGUGGCCAUGGCAUUAACACGAGCGGGCGGCUGGAAAUUUUGGGGGUGUGCUAAAAUAGUUGAAAUAGUUGUGAAUCUUGAAUCCUGCAGCUGUUUGUAACUACCUCUUUGACUAAUCUACUUGCUUCAUUUUCAUUCU